CAGCCGCCCUUCCCGUCCUUCUUUCUCGUGAACAGAGCAGGGCAGGCUCACCAGCCAGCACGCGCGGCCACGCCACACCCGCGGAGACGCGGCACGCCUCCACUCCUCGGCCCUCCCCCGACUCCGAGGCGAGCACGCCGCACGCUCCGCCUCGCAGUCGCGGCCCCGUGCUCUCUUCCUUCUUCUCCGUCCACCGUCUUCUCCUUCUUCGCUCGGAGGGUUCGAUCUGGUGAGUUCUGCUCAUUUCAAGGCUUGGUAGUAACUGAUUUUUUGGGCUCAUUUGGGAGCGUUGCGCCACCAUUUUUUUUAGAUUUCGCUCUUAGUUAACCCUUUUCGUUGUGCUACUACUGCAAGGGUUUAAAAAGGCCUGCGCAAUCGAAUUCCGCGCUAAGCUCACCCGGAUCUUGGAGCUGCCUGCCAAUUUGACCCAGCACACUAGAAUCCAGUUGGUUAGCCUCAUUUUGUUCUCGGCGGCUCACAUAUGCAGUAGAUUAGUAGACAGCUAGCAGUAGUCUAACGGAUUGCAGAGCGUAAAUCUGAUACCAGCACACUUGAGUUUCCGUAUGGAAGAAUCGCUGCGUCCUUCCUUCCUUCCUUCCUUCCUUCCGUAUAAUCAGGAAAACUCAUCAAGAACUUGGUUCUAUCGAUUCGCGCAGGUAACUCUGGUGAGAAGUGAAGACUUAGCACAGUCUGUGCUCGUCAAGUGCCCUGGCACUCUGGCAGGAUGCGGUGGCUCGGUCUUUCGGUGGCACUCUGGUAGUUGUGUCCAUGGGGGACAAGGUUAAUCCCUGGUGCCACUGCCAUUGGCAUAAUCCUGCAUGGAAAUCCGACACUGAAAGUUGUGCCGGCGAUCUCCACCCACCUGACGCUGGGCAUCUUACCGCCGAUUCGGUCGCGUUGGCUCCAAUUUUGGAAUUCCCUCCACCGUACCCCUCACGCAAGAGACCUCUCGUUUUGUACCAGAAGGAGAAGCGUGCUCCUGUACUCCCAGCUCCUUUGCCGAGCAAGGGCCCGCCGCCGUUAGAUCCCGUGCCGGAGCUCCAAGGUAGCAACGAGACUGACGUGACUGAUGCUGGAGCAGGAGAAGAAACCGAGGAGGGUAUGCACGAGAACAGGGACGAGAUCAACGCGCUCCUGGACACCGACAGGCAGUCUGGUGGCGCAGCCUUGAGCGUGGAGUCGGUGGCCAGCGCUGGCGCUGGCGCUGGCGCUGCGCCGCCGCCGGCAGCCAAGAAGAGAAGGCUCAGCUCCUGCACCGACAAGUCCGUCGUUGACACGGCCAGUUCAGCAGCAAGGCCUCCUGAGCGUUCCAUGGAGCAGGAGCAGAGGGUUGAACUUGCGAACGACCGCGACGCGCAGUCGUGCUGCGUUGGGGAGGUGGAAAGCGGGCGCAGGUUUGCUCUGGGGGAGGCGGAAGCGGAAGCGGCAGAGGGCGACAGCCCCGACGAGCAGAGGCGGAGGAGGGAGAGGAUCCAGGAGACUGUUGCCGCGCUCAGGAACAUGGUCCCCGGGGGCAUCGCGAAAGACGCCGCGGCUGUUCUGGACGAAGCGAUCUGCUACUUGCAGUACCUGAAGCUGAAAGUGAAGACGCUGGGAGCUGUCUCCCUCUAGCUAAGCCUAUCUAGCCCUCUCUCCUCGUCGUGGUGGCUUUGUUGUCGAAGGCCGAAGCCACUGGCUUCUGGUGAGAGGAGAGCUAGCCUAUAUCACCCAUCUGUUCAGUUCAGUCCCAGAGGAGCUCGGAUCUUCUCCUACCCGACUCACUGUCGGUGGCUGCAUCACCCAUCUUCCUCAUCGUGGGUUGGUAUGCAAAAGCUAGAAACAUCUUUCCGCUGAGCGUGAUCCAAAGCGAAGCCCCCAUUCCAUGCAAAGCGCUGGGUCGUGCCGUGCGUGGGGUGGCUCCUGCUUUAUAUACGCGUUGUGCUCCUGCUUUGGCUGAUGUUUGCUUUGGUAGUUAUAUAUAGUUCUGUGUACUACAAAGU